GGGCCAACCCAAAAAGGACAAGCGGACCAAUCGAAGUCAUGGUACGACUGGAUAGAACCAUUCUCUCGAGUUUGUCAUUGGACAGACACAUUCUAUUGAAAGACGAUAAAAUCAUAUUUACUGAGUAUCUUCAUUGUUUUUUACAUGUUUUUUUAACAUUAUCAGAAGAUUGGAAAAUUAAAACCAAUAUUAAUGCCAUUUGGACGCCACAUUUUAAGUAACAUUAGCCUUCUUUGCCGGGUGCAUCACUUCACUUGCUAGCUUCGGUGACCCUCGGUUCAGGGAGCACUGGAAGAGAUGAGUCGCUUCCUAAACGUCCUGCGGAGCUGGCUGCUGAUGGUGUCUGUCAUCGCCAUGGGAAACACUGUGCAGAGCUUCAGAGAUCACAGCUUCCUGUCAAAAAAGCUCUACACCGGCGCGCCCGAAUUUGUCAAUGGUCUUCAGGCCCGGACGUUUGGCAUUUGGACAUUGCUGUCAUCUAUCAUUCGCUGUGCCUGUGCCAUAGAUAUCCAGAACAGAACGCUGUAUCACGUCACCUUGUGGACAUUUGUAUUGGCCUUGGGUCAUUUUCUGUCCGAGACGUUUAUCUACAAAACUGCACCUCUCACUAUCGGGGUUAUGGCACCUCUUAUUGUGGCCAGUUUCUCAGUCAUAGCCAUGCUGAUUGGAUUCCAGUGUUUUUCAGAAAAUCCAGAGGAACUUGGAGCACGACAAAAGAAACGUAACUGAAUUUUCUCAUGCCCAAGAGUCCACCAGACGUGUUUGGAUGGAUCGUGGUUUGCUGUUUCCCAGACGUCAAUUGAUUAUUUCCUACAGGGACUCAAGCUUUCUCAGAACUGUAUACAUGAAUUCUAAAGUAUUUUUUAAAAGGUGUAUUCAUUCAAAGAAUGGAAAAGAAACUACACUCUUUCGUGUUUACUUAGAGUGUCAUGAAAAUCAUUCCACUCCAGUCAAAAGUCAGAUAAUUACUAGACGAAUACUUUAUUGAAUGUGUUUGAAUGACAAACUCUGUCAAAGCUACUCUACAGCUUUGUCCUUAAAUUCCACAAUAUGAUAAAUUAGCACCAUUAACAAUUACAUAAUCUUUGGGGGGAAAAUAAAUCACAAGACAACAAGCCACAACAUAUUAAAUAAAACGAGUUUAAAACAAACUAUGCACACAAGUAAUUUACUUGAGUAACGGGUGUAAUAGACUUAGACUUAGACAAACUUUAAUGAUCCACAAGGGAAAUUGUUCAGAGUAAUUGUAAUAGUAAAGCACAAUUUACUAAAUAAAAUAUAUUGAUAUUCUUGUGCAAAAUGACCAAUGUGCCUCUUCGUCUUGCAUAGUGAAGCAGAAAUCUAUCAAGUUUCUUCUUCUGUCUUCAAGGUCCUGAAGAGGUCACUUGUAGUAAAGCAAGGACAGAACUACUACUAAGUGUACACAAGAUGCACAGCAUCAGAUAUUGCAAUUGGUAGAAUUUAAAGGUAAUACGUCCGCGUGAUCCACUAUGGCAGGCAGAAAGUGUCCAGUUGCAUGACAGUAAAACACAGUUGUCCUUGUUAAAUGUUCUAAAAACAGUACUUGAAAAAAAAGCUUCAAGAAAGAAAAGCUAGAACCAAAUUAAAAGGUCCAUAUUCUAUGUUUUUCUAACAUUUCUAAAUUACCCUAAGAAGGUGUACAGUGGUACCUAAUUAAGAGUGCCCUAACUUAAGGGUGUUUUGAGAUAAGACCUGUCUUUCAGCUAAUUUUUAUACCUAAAGUUGCAGGGGAAAAAAAUGUUAAAAGCCUGCCUGCUCUCUGCAAAUGUUACAGUCAACCUUUUAAGACCACAACAUCCGGCCUUUUUUCGCUAGCAUUAGCUUACAGCAAGAUAUUGACAUAACUGUUUUCUAACCAUGGGAAUGAAGAAUGAAUGUGAAGGACAGUGCUAAAACCGAAAGAAGUUGAGGUUCAUUGAAUUAAAUUUCAGCAGAUAACUACUAGUGUGCACCAUAGUAAAGCAGAAUGAGUUAACAAAGCAACCCAAGAUUGUUAAAAUAAUAUAUGAACGGCAGAAAUGUAUCCAUAAAAAAUAUAGAAAAGCUGCUGACGGUGUUUGAUGAGAAGCAGCUCAAAAUGAGAUACUGUAGAAGUCCACUCUCCAAGAUAAAUACUGUAUUAUUCCAUUACUUGCUACAACUACUGUAGUUUGUUUUUCAUUGAAUAUUUUUAUGUUAAAGAUAGUUUGUAUUUUAAAGGACAUUUUAGAUGUUAAAAUUCUGCUGUUUUUGCAAGCAUCAAUUAUAUUGAUUUUAAUAUAUAGAAGACAAUUUGAGACACUAGUGUGUCAGGAGCUCAUCAUAGAACCAAUUAAUCUCAUAAAUUAAGGUCUCACUGUAUUUGAAAAGUAGCUUUAAUUAUAAUGUGCUGUGUUUGUCCAGUGCAAGUGGGAGAAUAUUUGGCCACUCAACAAUUCAAUUUAAUUCUGAUUCUUGGGAUGACGAUUCUAUUCCGUAUCAAUUCAACACGAUUUUUGUAAUAUAUUAUUUGGUGUAUAAAUCAAUAAAUCAUAACAAAAACUUUUCAAAACAGGUUACAAAAGCUCCUUUUGGCUGCUUGCGUACAAUUUAGUUUUGGCCUUAAAAUGUGUUUUUAAAAAUGUAUUUUUAACAUUUUAUUUACAAAUAUCACAGAACGUUAAUCUAAUAAAACAAAAUAGAUCAGCCAACUCCAACCCAAUCCCAGUAUUACUUAACACUAAAAAAGUAAACCAAUUAAUAUUAAUAAUAUCAAUAGUUGUUUAAUGUUUUUAAUCCAAAAAUGGAUUCUUAAAGAGAAAUGUGCAAAAAAAAAAUAAAAGUACAAAAAAAGGUUUUCAUUGAUUCUUUAAAAAAUUAUGAAUCAAUUCAGAGUCAAAAUGAACAAAAAUCGCAAUUUGGAUGUAAAUCGAUUUUUUUUAGCCUUCCUGUUAUAUACAGUAGCAUGAUGAUCACAGUGUCUGCCUCAUGAAGAGCAAGUGUGCACGUUAUCUACUUUUUACAUAGACACUGUAACCCUGCACUUAUCGGCCGUAAAAAAGGCCAAAAAUCAAAUACGAUAUCAAACAUUAAGGAGUUGGACAGGAGGAAAAAAAUGUUAAAACUAGCAUAGCUAUGUCAGCUAUAUUACUAACAUUACACUCACUUUACCAGCAACAUCAAACUAAAUUGGCCUGUUUGUUAAAUAAAAACAAAAUAAAUGUACAACCCCUAACUCUGUAGCUGAUUGAGAGUUUGAUGGCAGAGCUCCAGGUUUUAUUUUAAGCUGUGAAGUGAGGCCUACUUUGUUUUUCUGACAACGCUGUCCUCUUAAAAGUGAUGGCUGUAUAAAUGGGACCAGCUCAUCACGUUUGGUGCGGGUCAUGUCAAUCAGGAAGGUUUUUCCUAAAUGAUGUCAUGAAAA